AUGGCUUCGCAAAUCGGCAAAGCCGCACGUCGCGUGACCCACGAACUGCACGGCGUGGUCGUUUCCGCAGGACUGAUGCAAAAGACCGUCAAGGUUCGCGUCGGGGGCCAGAAAUGGAACAAAGUCGUCAACAAGUGGUUCCCUGACCCGAAACACUAUCUCGUACACGACCCCAACUCCUCCCUACGAACCGGUGACGUCGUCUCCAUCGCACCCGGUUGGCCGACCUCUCGUCACAAAAGACACGUGGUCAAACACAUCAUCGCUCCUUUCGGAACUCCCAUCCAUGAACGUCCACCAGUGCCGUCACUCGAGGAGCGGAUAGCAGAGAGAGAAGCAAAGAAGACUGCGAGGGAUGAGCGUCGGUCGCUAAGCAAAGCGGACUGA